AUGGAGAUGAUAGAUUUGACAAAUAAGAAAAAAGAGCACUCACACAUAUUCAUCGGUUUGAAGGAUGGCACAUCAUGGGUGGAUGGAUCUUCAGUGGAACAUGCUAGGAGCAUAGGAACUGAUGUACUCUUAAGGAUCAAUGCUACUAUCUCGAUGAUGAAUAGAGUUAUGGAACAGCGCCUUUCAAGAAGUAUGAUUGUGAUGAGGAGAACGUCGACAACUAUGACGUUAUUGUUUGCAGAAAGUGAUAGUGGAUAA